UCCAGCGAGGCAACACACCACCACAUAUACCGCCUCCUCACACCACCACCACGCGAACCCGCGCACACAGCCACAUAUACACAGCCACAGCCACUACUUUGCACAGCAAGGGCCAUGGCCGACGACAUGGAGGACGUGUUCGAGGCGCUGCCGGCGUUUGCCAACGACGAGAACAAGGCGCUCGACACCGAGCUGCGGGAGAAGGAGCGGUCGCUGCUGGGGCUCACGUACGAUGUGGAGGACAAUCACGAGCGGAUUCGGGUCAUGCUGGAGCACCUCAAGAAUGUACGUGCCGAGCUGGCGAGCUCGCAGAAGCUGCUGGCGGCCAAGAACAAGGAGACCGAGACCGAGGACCACAUGAAGCGGCUGGCGGAGCGCGAGACCGGGCGGCUCAACAUUGAGCUGCGCAAGACUGAGGCACGGGCACGUGAGUUGCGCGAGCGCAUCAACCGGACCAAGAACGCCAUUUUCAAGGGAGAGAAAAAGGUCGAGGCCAUCCGUGACCAGAUGAACUGGGACCAGGACGAACUCGACCAGUGGCUUGUCGCCUCCCGCCAAAAGGAGGAGGACUCGCUCCUGCUCCGCAAAUACGCCAAGAUCGACGACGCCAAGGUUCGCGAGCUCACGCUCCGGGUCGAGAAGCAGGCCAAAGCGGUCCAGGCCAAGCGCAAGGCGCUCGAGUUGGAGGUGACCGAGACCCAGGCGGCGCAGAUCGAGCUCGACAAGACCGCCGAGGCCUUCCGCGCACUCCAUGCCGAGCGGCAGAACCUCAUUGUGCAGCUCGAAGAAGCGCUGGCCGCCGUCGAGGCCCGCGAUGGCUCGCUCGAGUCGACAGCCACCAAGCUCGCCGACGUCAAUGGCGCCGUCCGAGCCAAAGAGCGCGUGGUGGCCGAAAAGCGUGAGUUUCACGAGGCCGAGGUCUCCGCCAACGCCACCCUGCAAAAGGAGACCGACGCCGUCAACCGCGACGUCGGCGCGCUCCGCAUCGCUAUUCUCGACGGCAGGGCGGCUGUGACCGAGAUGCAGGACCAGAUCGAGACGCUCAAGGCCCACGUCACCGGCACCGCGUCCGAUCUCUUCGCCAAGCGUGCUGAAGUCAAGGCCCUGACCGAGGAACUGGCUUCGGGCAAGACUCUCAUCGAGGCCCGCAAGGUUGCCCGCGAGGCCGCCCGUGUCCGCUUUGAGCAGUCGUCGCUGGAGACCAUGUCCAUGGAGGACCGCGUCGCCGCCAUCGAGCGCAACCACGAGGCUGAGGAGGCCCGGCUGGCCAAGCUCGACAAGGGCAUCCACGACCAGAAGGACACGCUCUUCCGCGAGUCGCAGGUGCUCUUCAAGCUCCGUCAGACUGAGUCCAACCGCAUUGCGGAGAUCCAAGGGGCACAGACGUCCAAGAAGACCCUCCUGGCCUCCAUCAACAAGCUCGACGCGCAGUCGCUCAAGCAGCAAGAGCUCAUCUACAACCAAGAGUUUCAGCUGCAGCAGCUCGAGCGCAAGGUCUCGCGUGCCCAGGGCGAGCGCUCCGACGAGGAGAAGAUCGAGCUCAAUGCACGCAUCGCCGAGCUGCAGAAGGAGCUCGACGAGCAGAACUCGGUCAAGGCGCUCCUUCAGUCGCAGCUCAAAAAGGCCGAGAACGAAGCCCGCCGCGGGAAGCGCGCGCUCGAGGCCGGCACCAAGGAGGCCUCGGGCCUCACUACACGCAUCGAAGAGCUGCAGCUCGACAACGCCUCGGCCGAGCGCAUCGUCCGUGCUGCCGUCGAGCGCAAGGAGGAGCUCAUGGUCCAGGUCAAUCUCCUCAAACUCGACGUCAAGAAGAUGGGCGAGAUUCUGGCCGCCCGCGGUGAUGAAGUCUUUGGCCUCGAGAAUCGGAAGGAGCAGCUCCGCCUCUCCAUGAUCGAACGCAUGGCGGAGAUCAAGGCCGAGACCGACACCCUCCGCGCCCGCGCCAAGGUCGCAGAGGAGGAGCGCCAUCGCGCCAAGCUCGAGCUCCGCGACAGACUCGUCCGCAUCGAGAAGCUCUCGUCCAAGUACGACAUUCUCUCCACAAAGUUUGCCGUGGCGCCUGGUGAGGAGGAGCGUUCGCAGGCGUUUUACGUCAUCAAGGCUGCCCAAGACCGCGAAAAGCUGCUUCGUGAGGGUGACGAGAUCAAUGCCAAGAUUGUGACGGCCGAAGCAGACAUUGCCGCCCUCGAGGCGACCAUGGCCGCCCUCUCGGCCUCCAACGAGAACUUCCAGGCCUCACUCCGCAAGGUCGACUCGUCCUCAGAAGAGUACGAGGCCAAGAUCGCCAAGGAGGACCAGUUCCGUGCUGUUGUCGACACUUACAAGCGUAAGCGCCGCCAGGUCCGCGACAUGCAGGAGGAGCUCGCCGCGCUCGAAGACACGCUUAGCCAGUGGCAGUCAACACACGCCGCCAUGCUUGCAGACUACGACAGCGCCAACGCCGAGCUGGCCGACUACGACGCGCUCUUUGCCGAUCAGGCCGCCAAGGAGGCCCGCGCCGUCAAGGCCAUGAAGGACGCCGCCAAGUCGCACCGCGCUGACGCAGGCGCGCCAGCCGACGAGCAGACUAUUGAGGAGCGUGACUUUCUUCUCCGCGAGCUCAAGUCGUUCAACGCCGACAUGCUCGCGUCGCUCAAGUCGCUCGUCGCCGCCUCACCCGCCCUCGCCGCCACCAUCGAGGCUGACCUUAUCAUGCUCGGCAUCGCCCUCCCGCCGGGUGAGCCGGCUCCGAUCCGUAAUCCGCUCGCCCGCGGCGACGCCGAUGCCACCCGUCGCACACCGGCGAGCUCGACCUCGCGCUCCCGCUCGCGCUCGCACUCUUCCAGCUCGUCGUCGCGCGACUCGAGAGAUCCCGGUCGCACCCGACGGACUCCUGCUCGCCCGACCUCGGCCUCGUCGUCGCGGUCGUUGUCGUCAUCCCGUGGCCGCUCUGGCUCACGCCCGACCUCGGCCACUCGUCCGCCGUCGGGCUCGCGCCCGCGCUCUCGUGGCCGCUCACGCAGUCGUGGCCGCGGUCAGUCGGCCCCCCGCGGCCGCACCAGCUCGCGUUCGGCUUCGGCCUCAGGCUCGGCCUCAGGCUCGGCCUCAGGCUCGCGCUCGGCCACUCGCCGCGGCCGCGGCCGUGGCCGUGGCGCACGCCGCAAGCCGUCGUCGUCGUCGCGCCGCUCCUCACUCUCCUCGCAGGGAUCAGCCUCGUCGACCAAGUCGGCUGUCUCGGUCGUCGAUCUGCAGCUGUAG